AUAACUGUCAAAUAUGGAGUCGACCAACUUCCUCCAGCCACUUUGACAUGAAUGUGAUGUUAGGUUUCCAAAAUUUAAGAAACAGUCCACUCCAGUUAUGGCAGAAAAUGUUGUGGUGCCAACAGAUAUAAUUCUUGCACCCAACGAAUACGGCCAUUCUGCCUUUGAACAUGUCGAUCAACUUGAUUUUCUUAACGAUAGUGAUGGAGGGCUUCCCUUUUUUCAUAGAGUUGAAUCUAGCGAAGUCGUUUAUCAACCUCGUCGGAAAAAAGCAAAGAUGGUUGGAAAGUAUCUUGUUGGCGAUCUGUUAGGAGAGGGUUCAUAUGGAAAAGUCAAAGAAGUUAUUGACACUGUCACUCUAUGCAGAAGGGCUGUCAAAAUUUUGAAGAAGAGGAAACUGAGAAAAAUUCCAAAUGGAGAACAGAAUGUUUUAAGGGAAAUUCAACUUUUGAAGAGGCUUCACCAUAAGCAUGUAGUAUUCCUGGAUGAUGUAAUCUUCAAUGAUGAAAAGCAAAAGAUGUAUAUAUUUAUGGAGUAUUGUGUAUGUGAACUUCAAGAAAUGUUAGAAAGUGCACAAGAUAAAAAGUUCCCAAUCUUUCAGGCCCAUUAUUAUUUUAAGCAGUUAGUAGAUGGAUUGAUAUUUUUACACAGCCGAGGAAUAGUCCAUAAAGAUAUUAAACCUGGUAACCUGUUACUAGCCAGAGAUGAGACUUUAAAAAUCACAGAUUUUGGUGUGGCUGAGGAGAUAGCUUUACAUGCAUUUGAUGACACGUGUCACACAAGUCAAGGUUCACCAGCAUUCCAGCCACCAGAAAUAGCCAAUGGUGAAGACAGUUUUCCAGGGUUCAAAGUUGAUGUUUGGUCCAGUGGUGUUACAUUAUAUAACAUGACCACUGGAAAGUAUCCGUAUGAUGGAGAUAAUAUAUAUAAGUUAUUCAACAAUAUAAGUAAAGGAACUUACACAAUCCCCGAUUCCAUAGACAGUGUUCUAACUAAUUUACUGCAUGGUAUGUUAGCAUUUACACCAGACAAGAGGAUGAGUAUUGAACAAGUACAGCUACAUGAUUGGGUAAGGAAGAGGCACCCACGAAGUUUAGAUUAUGUGAAGUUUCCUCCUUCUAAGGAGGGUUUAGACAAACAUCAUAGUAUGUCAGUUAUGCAGUACUUAGAUGAUUUACAUUGUCCAGAGGAGGAAGAAUGUGAUGAGUAUGAAGAGGAUUUUCAUAUACAGCAAAACAAUGGCAAAAAGCCACAAAAUGAUGUUGAUGAUACGCCCAUUCCAGAUCCAAAACACAAGAAACGGAAGACAAAAAGUGGACUUCUUAGUUCGUGUAAACAAUCAUAGUAUUCCAAUUAAUGUCAUUUGUAUGUUGUGAAUGCGUGAGUAAGUCAUGUGAUUAUUGUAUGGUGUAUGAGUUGUGAAAUUUUAUGUUGAUGGGAACCAAGUACAGUAAAAUCUGUUUAUCUGAACCAUUUCACUAUAUUUAUAAAAUUUGAUGCAGAAGGAAGGAACCACUGUGCUUUGAUAAAAUCAAAAAGCAUUUAUCAUCCAGAACCACAUUCUCUGGUGACAUAAGAGGAGCUUAAACAGUGUAUUAAUGAUUUGAAAAUUCGAAAAGACAUUGAUAUGUUUUCCUAUCUGAUAUGCUGAAAAGAACUCAAAUCCAUUGUUAGCAAGCUGGACAUACAAAUAAUGUUAUGUUUCCAAUAACAUGACCAACACCCCUUUUUAUACGACCGCAAAAAAAUUUUUGUGGUCGUAUAUUGGUAUGACGUUGGCGUCCAUUGUCGUCAUCGUCGUCGUCCGAAGACGCAUUAGUUUUCGCACUCUAACUUUAGUUUAAGUGAAUGGAUCUCUAUGAAAUUUUACCAUAAGGUUCAAUACCACAAAAGGAAGGUGGGGAUUGAUUUUGGGGGUUAUGGUACCACCAGUUAAGGAAUUAAGGGCCAAAAAGGGGCCAAAAAUAAGCAUUUUCUAGAUUCCAGACAAUAACUGUGGAACGGUGUAUGGAUCUCUCUGAAAUUAUACUACAAGUUUCCAUACCACAAAGGGAUGGUUAGGAUUUGCUUUGGGGGGUUAUUGCUCAAACCGUUUAAGAAUUAGGGGCAAAAAAGGGGGAAAAACAAGGUUGUCCUCAUUAAUGGACAAAUACUUUAGUACAAAACAUAAUUUAAAGCAGUGUAAGGGAGAUAAAUCAAAUACAUCAUUGAAAUUAUCUCCCUUACACUGCUUUAAAUUAUGUAUUAAGUAAUGGUUAAUGAACAAUUAAGAUAAUUUAAAACAGUGUAAGGGAGGUAAUCCAAAUACAACGUUUUGGUUACUUCCCUUACACUGCUUUUAAAUUAUGUUUAAAGAAAUGCAUAUUUAUAAAGGAAGACCAGUAUGGCGAAUUAGAUUUGUAAAAUCUUUGACCACAUUUAUUUAUUUGUUUUCCCGAAUCUAACCGUGUAUUUAGAUUUUUAAUUUUGGGUCCAGUUUUCAAAUUGGUCUACAUUAAGGUCCAAAGGGUCCAAAAUUAAACUUUGUUUGAUUUUAACAAAAAUUGAAUAUAUGGGGUUCUUUGAUAUGCUGAAUCUAAACAUGUAUUUAGACUUUUGAUUUUUGGCCCAGUUUUCAAGUUGGUCCAAAUUGGGGUCCAAAAUUAAACUUUGUUUUAUUUCAACAAAAAUUGAAUAUAUGGGGUUCUUUGAUAUGCUGCAUCUAACCAUGUAUUUAGAUUUUUUAUUUGUGGACCCCGCUAUCAAAUUGGUUCAUAUUGAGGUCAAAAGGGUCCAAAAUUAAACUUUGUUUGAUUUCAUCAAAAAUUGAAUUAUUGGGGUUCUUUGAUAUGCCAAAUCUAAACGUGUAUUUAGAUUUUUAAUUUUGGGUCCUGUUUUUUAAAUUGGUCUACAUUAAGGUCCAAAGGGUCCAAAAUUAAACUUAGUUUGAUUUUAACAAAAACUGAAUUCUUGGGGUUCUUUGAUAUGCUGAAUCUAAACAUGUGUUUAGAUUUUUGAUUAUGGGCCCAGUUUUCAAGUUGGUCAUCAAAAAUUUAAUUAUUGGGGUUCUUUGAUAUGCCAAAUCUAACCGUGUAUUUAGAUUUUUAAUUUUGGGUCCCGUUUUUUGAAUUGGUCUACAUUAAGGUCCAAAGGGUCCAAAAUUAAACUUAGUUUGAUUUUAACAAAAAUUGAAUUUUUGGGGUUCUUUGAUAUGCUGAAUCUAAACAUGUGUUUAGAUUUUUGAUUAUGGGACCAAUUUUCAAGUUUGUCCAAGUUGGGGUCCAAAAUUAAACUUUGUUUGAUUUCAACAAAAAUUGAAUAUAUAUGGGGUUCUUUGAUAUGCUGAAUCUAACCAUGUAUUUUGAUUUUGGACAUUGGACCAUAAUAGGUAAAUUAAAAAAAUUGAAGUUCUUAGACCACAUUCUUUCUGUGUCAGAAACCUAUGCUGUGUCAAAUAUUUAAUCACAAUCCAAAUUCAGAGCAGUAUCAAGCUUUAAUGUUGUGUCCAUACUUGCCCCAACUGUUCCGGGUUCGGCCUCUGCGGUCGUAUCAAGCUGUGCCCAGCGAAGCAUUUUAUUAAUGUUGGUAUAGUUUUACAUUGCUGAAUUUAUAACUAAAUACUAAAAAUUUGAUAAAAGAUCUUGACUGUUUGACUCAUACAAAUUUCGAAGUAUAUAUAAAUAGAUUGCACAGUUCUGUCUGUUAUACUUUCCACCAUGUACCCUCUUACUGAUUAUCAGGAUUUUAUCUGGAAACACGAGAUUUUUUUAGUUCACAUGUUUCAAAGGGCCUGUGAGCUUUUUCCAUCACUUAACAUCGGUCGUGCUUCUGUCUGUUAUCUGUUUUCUUUUUCAAAAUUUAUAUCCCCUGCAACAAAAGAAUAUAGUCAUACUCAGAUUAAAUUCCUACAAAAGUAUGUUCUAUAGAUGUCAACUCUCUGCCUCCAAAAUAUUUUUUUUUAAAUAUGAAAUCUCCUUGUGAACACUAGUGUUAUAUUGGAUAGAGUGUUUGACAUUUGUUGUUUGGUGUUCAUAUCAGUAAUUUAAGAGUUCACGUUUAUUCCAGUUGGCCUUUUAUAUAAAAAGUACUUGGACAAAGUUAGUUUCACGAAAAGGACUCUGUUCUGCUCCAUUUUCAGCCUUGUUAGCCAAUAUUAAAAUGCUUUUGGUAUGAAGCAGUGUACCAUUCUAGGAACAGAGAAUCCAUGCCCAGUUUUUUGUUGCUAUUAAGGUUUCAGUUUUGUUUGCAUUGCUGGUAAAAAAGUGAGGUAGAAAAUAUCACAUUGACCUGAUUUUCACAGAUGAAAUUUACUUAUUUUGAUGAUGCAAAAAUUGGCAUUAUAUAUGCUAUAAUGAAAUUAUACCAUUCACUCGUGCAACAUUUCUAUAGAGCCUCUAUAUGAUAUAUGCAUGAAACAGAAUUUUUACAUUGUGAUUCACUUAAUAUUUAAUUUGUAUUGUGUUUGCAGUAAAUAAAAUAAUAACUGUUGAUAGAAAUGUAAGUAAGACUGUUUUUCCAAGGUGCUAAAAUGAUAUAUGUCAAACAUCACAUGUGUCAUUGUAAUAGUACGCAUACUGUCAUACAUUACAUGUUUAUAGUUCACAAAUGAUAUUGUAGUUUCAGUUAAACUCUUGUUAUAUAAAACUCAAGGGACCAUUAGAGUUUGUUGACUUAGUGCUACAUAUACAUUAUUCUCAUCAUAUUUAGUAUAUUGUAUAAUUUGAAAUAAUUAAGUUAUAAUCAUGUUUUGUAACUCUACGUUACACAUUCUCAAAUUAUUUCUGUCAGAAUUACAUGUCCAGAAAUGUAUAAAAGAUUUAAACAGACGCCUCAUUGCAUUCUUCAAAAUAGUCCCUUGUUUCAAAUUUAAACUGCUUAUUGCAUGCAAAUAUUGGUAACAGUUUAUUACCAUUGACAAAGUAUGAGGUGAUUGUUAGAUAUAAGCAAGUGAUUCACAGGUAUAUUGAAGACCAUUAAUCACUGAUCUAGUAUUAACUUUAUCUGAUAUUAAUGGGGCAAUAGUUAUCUAGGGUUUUAUUUAAAACAGACUUAUAAAUGGGUUGCUUUGUAUAUGAGUUUUGCUUAAUUUUUUUAUUGCUGUAUUUUCCAAGAUUUGGAUAGAAGCCAAAGAUAUAAAGUAACCUGCUAUAAUAUAUUCAAAUUAUAAAAUUCACCUCUGAAAAAGACCUCUCCAGUUUUUACGCAAUUUGAAAAAAAUAAUGUUUUUGCAGCAAACCAGUGAAACCUCUAAAAAGGGAGUAAAUUGCAUUUAGUUGUAAUGUUUUAAAUGACUUGAGUAUUACCCUCGUCUGUCCUUCCCUCUGUUCAAGAUGUUGAAAUUCUGUGGAUAGGUCUAAUAUCAAGAAAUUCCAUGUGAUGUAUCAAUGAAAUUUUUCUUCUGUAUCUAUCUCAUGUAGUUAUCCAUCAUUAAGUACUGGUCUUCUACAGUAAGAUCAUUAUGACCUAUAUUUUAUACUUGAACAACUUCGGUUGUGUGUUUGUUUUGUAUUACUUGUACUUAUUGUGGUAUAUCAGUGAUGCUUCACAACCAUGAUUUUGUAAUAUAACACAUUUGUAACAUUUUGAGUAAAUAUGACCUUCAUGUUAUGCUUUGGUGACAUAAAUUUUGCAUUUAAGUUAUUUUCCAUUAGGCAAAUUGUAUAUUUUUGCAUGACAAUUUUCAACAGGCAAAUUGUAUAUUUUUGCAUGACAAUUUUCAUCAGGCAAAUUGUGGUUUAUUUCAAAAUGACAGUCCUCUGUUGAAUUUUUGAUAUACUCCUUGUAUCAGGAUCAAUAAUUUCUCACAGAAACGUCUACAUGUAUUUAUUUCAGUAGACAAGCCACUGAUUGGAAUUAGUAUUCAAAAAUUUAUAGCUUUGUUUUUAGUUAAGCAGUUCUUAUUUUUACACUGUCAUAAAUUAAGAAUACAUUUUUGUAAACAACAUUAUUUCUACGAACAGUUAGUCUUUUGUACAUUUUGACUUCAUCAAGUAUACCAAUUAAUCAGAAUUAAGUUAUUUAUUAUUUUAAAAUACAUUGAGUUUCAGGAAGUAAAUUUAGAGCAAGUAUGUACUUUAUAAGUGUUACCAAGUAGACAUUCAUAAAUUCAGAAAGAAACAAUUGUUAUUCAUGAUCAGGAAAAAAAACCCAAUUCAGAAAAAGUUAAAACAAUAUAAGUCAAAGUUCUGUUAAUCAACAAACUUAAAAGAAAUAAAUUUAGAGCACAAUAUAAAAUAUGUUUUGUCAGUACUGCAAUUAUGUUCAAUACUUGUUCACUGAGGGGUUGUUUAAGUUCAAUAGUCAGUUCACAAAAUUAUGCCCAGCAUAGGAUUAGUACAUAAUCCAGUUUUACUGUAAUGAUGAAACCGAUGAUAUAUUGAAUUAAAGUCUUCUACAUCAUAGAUCAUUGUAAAAGGUUCAUGUUUUAUACUAUGUAACUUUGUAUGCUUCAAAAUAAUUACCCUGCAUUUGUCUGUCAACAAUAUAUAGCUUAAGUUCUAAGGAACUUUUUGUUGUGUCAGUAUUAACAUUUGUGUUUUGCAUAAAUUAAAAAAAAAUGUAUAAUACAUUUAAACUAUCAGGUUUAUUUUCCAUAUACAAGUAAUGUAUUCAAUGUAAUAAAAAUACAUAAUUUGUUCAUCCCUCAUCAAUUUAUAUUCAAUUAUUAAAAAACAUGUGCUGCGGGCAUUGAUUCAGAUAUUAUAGUUUUCACUGUAUAAUAAGAUAUUUCAGAUUUUACUGUAUUCAAUAUUCCAGUAUGCACUGAUUGUUGUUGGUACAGGUGAAAUGAGUCCUGUAUAAUUUUGUUAGAUUAAAUAUUGUUAUUUUGCCUCUAUAUUAUUUUAAUAAAUUCUAUUCAUUUUAUGAAAAAA